AUAAUUAUAUUUCCCCGUAAUUUUAUUUUUUCUCAAACGCCCCUAAAAACAAUUGGUAAAAUGCAGAAAUGUUCAACCCUGUGUAAAUCUUUCUCCAAACUAAGAUGACCAAGAUGCCUUCUUCCAAGUUUUCCUCUGUUUUCCUUUCCCUCUUUAGCUUCCUACUCUUUCCAACCGAAGCAGCUCCAAUUUACAAUUCUCAUUGCUGCACAGACUCUAUCAAAUUUCAACCAAAUAGCACAUUCCAAACCAAUCUCAACCUCUUACUCUCUUUCCUUUCUUCCAACGCCACCGAAGGCACCCAUUUCUACAAAACAAUAGUUGGCAGUGAAUCCCCUAACAUCGUCAAGGGCCUCUUCCUCUGCCGCGGCGACACCCUCACCGCCGGCUGCCACGAUUGCAUCACCGCCGCAGCGAGAGAGAUAAAACGCCUGUGCCCAGUUGAUAAAGAGGCCAUAAUCUGGUACGACAUGUGCAUGUUGCGCUACUCCAACCAAUAUCUCAACAACAUAGUUCCCGGAGUGGACAUGUCCGAUUCAAAGAGCGUAGAUCGCGCAGAACUUAACAGGUUCAACGAAUUGCUGGCUGGGUUGUUGAAUGCUCUGGCAACGAAAGCUGCGAAUUCCAUGACUGAAAAGUUUGCAACAGGGGAAGUGAACUUCACGAGUUCAGCGACCCUUUACGGAUUGGUGCAGUGCACGCCAGAGUUGUCGUCGUUUGAUUGCAACAUGUGCUUCAGAAGUGCCAUUGCAUCUGUUCCAAAUUGCUGUGAUGGGAAACAAGGAGCAAGGGUGUUGCUUCCGGGAUGUAAUAUCAGAUAUGAGCUCUACCCAUUUUACAAUAGCACCAACACGUUGACCCCUUCGGUCCCUGUUGUUCAAUCUCGUCCUUCAGGACGGAGUCGUGUUGAAGUGAUUCUUGCAUUUGUUAUCCCUAUUGUUGCUGCAAUGGUGCUUUUCACUUUUGGCAUCUGUUCUGUCAUGGGAAAGCAAGCAAGAAGUAUGAUACAAUUGUGGAGGAAAACGAAUAUUUCUGAGAUAUAGAUGAGACUGAUGCUGGAAAGUGGAAACAUUCAAGAUGAGAGAUAAUUUUCUUUAGAAGUUUAUUGGGAUAAUACUGCUGCUGAAAAUCAAGAAUCAAGAGAUUCAAGACUUACUUCUAUUUUGGAAGAUCGUAAUGCAAAACAACAUUGGAUUGCUAAGUUGUGUUAUGUCCCAGCGAAGUCAUCUGAUGCAUCCAUCGUUGAUUUGUUUGGUUUAGAAACAUCCUACGGUGGGAAUCUUAGGCAGUUUCUUUGCUACCUUUUUGUCUUCAGAGCCUAUCUGCUUAAGGAUGCAUCAUCUUUUUCAGUGGUGUGUAGAUAAGUGAACUACAACCUCAACAAUGUUAAUUUGUUCAGUGGGUUUUGAUUGCCUUUGUCUAUUUACACGUGAGAUUUGAGUAGCAGUUGCCUCGAAUGUCUAUGUUCGAGUUUUAGUUUGCAGUAAUUUCUUUUGAUUUUUCUUUAUUGGAAGGAUUGUAGGUUGAGUGUUGAGCUAGAAGAUUUAAAAUUCAAAUUGUAUAGUUUGUUAUUCUCUGAGUAGUUAAUUAUUUUAUGGUAAGUUGUAACAAAUUAGAUAGUUACCCUCUGUAUAGGGAUUUGUUUAUUCUGUUUCCUUUUGUAUAUAUGAGUUUGUUACUCAUAGCCUUGUAUAAAUACACCUCAGUUGAGGUACAGUAAAUCAAAUGAGAUC